GCUGCCACCAUGAAGGUCCAGGCUCUCACCGCCCUCCUCUUCCUCCUGGUCGCUGCAAAUGAAGCCAAAACUAUGGAGAAAUGUGAACUGGCCAAGACUCUGAAAAGCCACGGCAUGGACGGGUUCCAGGGCUACAAACUGGGGGACUGGGUCUGCAUGGCGUAUCACGAGAGCAAAUAUAAUACCAAGGCUGUGGGGCCCCCAAAUAAGGAUGGCAGCCGAGACUUUGGGAUCUUCCAGAUAAACAGCAAAUACUGGUGCAAAGAUGGGAAGCAUCCGUCGAAGAAUGGGUGCAACAAGUCCUGCAGCAGCUUCACAAAUGAUGACAUCAGAGAUGACAUCGAGUGCUGUAAGAAAAUCGUCCGUGACCCCAAAAAGAUGGAUGCCUGGGUCGCCUGGGUGAAACACUGCAAAGGAAAAGACCUCUCUCAAUGGACCCGGGGUUGCAAACUGUGAUUUCCAUGACGGCCGAAGCCUCAGCACUUCUCACCACGCUUUCCUGCUGGAAGGAGACCUCACCGCUCUCAGGGAUCAUCCACGCAUUUGCACUCCACUUAGUUGCAUACGAAUUUGAGAAAGUUGUCGUUUGAGACGCUUCUGUGCGGGGGAGGGGGGGAGCAGGCUUUUGCUUUGGGUUGAGGGCUCCUCUACUUCAAAACCUUCAAUAAAUCGAGUGC